GAUAGGUUCACCACACGAGAGAUAUGCACAUACAUCGUCUGCCCUAACGCUGUCCCCUUCCCACCCACCCUCCGGACCAUCUCCCGGCGGCGGCUACCGAUCUCCUCCCGGACUUGUCUCCUAAUCCAGUUCCGCUCCAGAUGCUACCUUCCAGAUGAUGAAGGGAGGUCAAAUCCAUUCUGCAGUCGGAUUCGAAGAAGGAAGGGACAAGCGCCAAUUUCUUCGUUCUGCCGUCGGAUUCCAAGAGGAAAGGGAUCAGUUUCGGUCUGUAUUAGAAAAAGGAGUUGUUUUUGUAUGUCUGCGUCGCGUGAGAUAAUAGUAAAUCGGUCGGUUUAUUUCGGAUUCUACACCGGGGGAUUCCGGAGCCUCCUCCGUCUCCGUCUCUGUCUCUUUUUUUGGGGGCAGUAUCGGAGUUCUUUUCUGAGUAGCAUCGGAGGGAGCCUAUAAAAGUUGAGGCUGAGCGUUCACGAUUGUCACGAGGUCAUUGUUUCAAUAAUUAUUAUUUUUGCUUAUUGCAUCGCCAUGAAGAAGGUUAAUAGGAGUCGCCGCGGCCGACGUGAUCCGAAGACAGAAGUUGGUACUAGAGACAUGCUAAGCAUCUUGCCUGGUGAUAUAAAAGCUUGUAAUGGGGACAGACUAAUUUUUCGGUCUGGCAAAAUGCAGUCCAAGACAGGAGCUGGUAAUGGGGGCUCGCUAAGCGAGCUGCCUGCUGAAGUACAAACUUGUAAGGGGGACAAGCUAAGGGAGCUGCCUGCUGACUUAGAAGCUGGUAAUACGGACAGGCUAAGCCAGCUGCCUACUGAUGUUCUGCUCGAUAUUCUGGAGAGGGUGGGCACGCUCGAUGCUGUGAAAACCUGCAUACUUUCGAAAAAGAUGCAGACGCUGCCCACUAUGCUCUCGCAGAUCGUCAUUGAUCUCAGCACUGAGGACUUGGUCCGAAUUCACACUGUCGUGGCCGAUGUUACAAACAAGAUCCUCAGUGCAAGGCCUUCGAAGAUCACCAUUCGUAAGCUGAAGCUCAAAUUUUUUUUGAGUCCUUCUCACUGUCUCUCCAUCGGCAAAUGUGUUGGCCUUGCCAUGGCAGACCAGAAAGUGGACGAAGCCGAGUUUGAGAUCUUGACGCCCAGGAAUGGUCAUCUUUGCACUGAAGCCUACCGCCUGUUCUUUGCUCAGCAGUUCAAUGAUUUUUUUCGUGAUUGUCCAGACGCAUUUGCUGGUCUCACUGGGCUGCAUCUACAGUACAUGAGGUUUGGUGAAUCAGACAUAACCAACAUCCUAAGCUAUUGCAAGCGGCUGGAGUCACUAUCUUUGUUCAUGUGUGACGAGGGGGGCGGUUCGGUGCUGCAUGUAGAACACGCAAGACUUGUGGAGCUUGUUAUUUCCUAUUGUGAAUUCAAAACAGUGGAGCUCACAUCUCUUUCAAAGCUCCAACGGAUGACCUUUGAUAAUUGGCCUUCCUCCUGUGCUGAAAAUCCCUUGGUUCUUGGUUUUGUCCCUCAGCUUUCAAAGCUAAGCCUUGCCAAGUCAUGUUUUUCACACAAGAAACUCAAGCUAAGCCAGCUGCUUGCUAAUGUCCCCUCCGUAAAUGAUCUGUACCUAGAAUUUCGAAGUGAAAAGAUUUGGAUUCAACCAGAAUCACCGAAAUUGCUUUCACCUGGGCUUGCCAAACUACGGUGUGUGAAUCUGGACAAUCUUCCUGAAGAAUGUGAUAUUGCUUGGACAAUGUUCCUUCUUGAAGCUGCACCGUUUGUGGUGGAGUUUUGCAUCACGGUAUGGGAUCACAAGUGCCACAGGGAGUCACAAAAAAGUUACUCCGAGAAAAUUGAUGUGAAGUGGGAGCCAUCUGACCCUGAUUUCAAGCAUAAGAAUCUAGCCAAGUUAACCAUAUAUGGCUUUCAGUCCGAUGAUAACUUCACAGGACAUGUCAGGCGUGUCAUGGAGGCUGCUGUGAAUAUCAAGGAGGUAUCUCUGCAUGACAGGAAAGUGUGCAAGGUUUGUGCCGCCAAGUUUCCUCAUGUUGAGGUUCGUCCUUCGAGUUAUCCACGGAGCAGCGACGAGAAGGAUUUAUUGAGAAAUAAGAUCACAGAGACGUCAGUGAAGGCUUCUCCUGCUGUGAUUCACUUCCGCUCAUAAGGUCAAGUUUUAGAAAUCAAUAAAUCAUUCAUGGCAUUGCCAUGAUGUAUCCUGUGUGUGGUUGGAAGGAGUCCCGGAACUCCAAAAUCCAAUUAGUAGCCACAUCAUCAGUGCUAUUGUUUUUUCUGCUGAAGCUAGCUAAGCUUGUAUUAUUGCCUAAUUGGCCGCCAUGUAUAUCUUGGCUACAGAAUUUGUUGGAACAACUCUUGUAACUAUUUUGUGUGUUCAUGCGUCUUCUUUUGA